ACUAUACGUCUUGGGCAUCUCUUGCUCGGUCUUCAUGCUCAGCAAACCUGGUAUCGAAAUUUUUAUGGGCUGCACCGAUGCGGAGACGAGCGUAGACUGCUUGAUGUUAAUCAGUUGCGGAAUACUUGCCGUGCUGAAGGCAAUAUGGUUUCGAGUUUACGCAAAAAAUUUGGCCAACAAUUAUAACUGCGUCGUGAAGGAUUAUCUGACAAUUGAAAAUACAAAGGAACGUGCCAUCAUGCGGAAACAUACUUUUAUGGGAAGGACUCUCUGCUGUUUAAUUUUGAGCUUCGCUUACUUUAGCUCUGUAAUGUAUGGAGUAAUCGCUAUUCUGGAUGAGAAAAAGUAUGUCAAUAUAACAAAUGAGGAUAUCAUGCUACAGUACCCAAUACCAUCGAAAUGUUUUAUGAAGUACUUAAAUGCUCCAGUGAGCAUGCAUAAACUCUUCUGUCUCAUCGAUGUUAUUGCAUUAAUACUAGCGAGUACUUCUAAUCAUGGUAACGACGCUUUGUUUCUGAACGUCACGUUGCACAUUUGCGGCCAAAUGAAAAUUCUGAGAGCCAAUUUUAUUGAGUUUGAUAUCAAAAGCCCGCAUAUCUACAAUCGUUUCAACGUAUUAAUUGAAAGACACAAGUAUUUAAUAAAACUGGCCAGAGAACUUGCCGAAAUGAUUAGUUCUGUUUUACUGAUAGAAUUAUUUAUAAUCAGUUUACUUUUGUGCUUAAUGGGAUUUCAACUUAUUCUACAACUAAAUGAAAACAACAUCGGUUUAGUUACAAGAAAUGUAAUGGCACAAAGUGCCUUUCUGACACAAUUAACUUUAUAUUGUUUUAUUGGAAAUUAUUUAAAAUCUGAAAUGGAGGAAAUAGGGAUUUCUAUUUAUCAAAGUACUUGGUACAGUUUUCCUGCAAAAUUGAAAAGGCAUAUAGUCUUCGUUAUUAUGCGCUCAGAUACUCCGGUUGUCUUGCAAGCUGGAAAUUUUAUCGUAGUAAAUCUGGCAACUUAUAUGAACAUCCUAAAAGCAUCUCUUUCGUAUCUGUCUGUACUUCGUGUAACGGUAAACGUGUAAAAUAUAACGU